GAGCAGUACUGCUGCCGCUCUUCUGGCUAAUAUGGCAUCAGAGAAAAUUAAAAAGGGCGGAGAGAAGACGAAUAAUAUCGAUAUUACUAAGAAAAGAUGGCUGACAAGUAACGUGAUGUGGUGGAUGACUCUCACCCUCCUCACCUUCCUGGCUCUUGUCACCCGUCAGGCCUCCGUCUAUCUGCCUCCAGGCACUCUGUGGGAUGAGGUCCACUUUGGGACGUUUGCCAACCACUACCUCAACCGUACAUUCUACCACGACGUCCACCCGCCCCUGGGCAAGAUGGUGAUCGCAGGAGUAGCCUGGCUCUCUGGGUACGACGGCACCUUCGACUUCAACGAGGGCAAACUCUACCCUCCGGAGGUCAAUUAUGUGGCUAUGAGAUCCAUGAUGGGAGUGAUGGGGUCGGCGUUGGUGUCCCUGAGCUUCCUGCUGGUGUGGGAGCUCUCCUCCUCCCUUCGGGCUGCCUUCCUGGCUGCCCUCUGUGUCCUCACAGACACGUUCCUGCAGCGGCUGAACACCCUUAUCCUGCUGGACCCGCCCCUGCUGGUGGCCAUCCUCGCUAGCAUCUACGGCAUCACUAAGUUCCACAACCAGAGACACAGGUCCUGGAGCCUGGUGUGGUGGUGGUGGAUGGUGUUCACUGGCAUCAGUCUGGGGACAGUAAUGAGCAUUAAGUACGUGGGAGUGUUCACCGUGGCUUAUGUCGGCCUCCACACUGCUCACCAACUCUACUGCCUCGCUGCCGACCCUGCCACGCCACUCUGGAAGGUGGUGCCUCAUACUGCUGCCCGGGCUGUUGCUCUCAUUAUUCUCCCUGCUGCUGUCUACCUCUCCACCUUCGUCAUCCACUUCUCCAUCCUCACCCGCUGGAGUGUGAACGGUGGAGGCUUCUACCACACUAGGUUCUUCGCUGCCUUUGACGGCACCGAGUAUGACAACACAAGCUUCCCGCAGAACGUGCACUAUGGAGCCAACAUCACCAUCCAGAGCAGCCGACCUGUCUGUGGCUUCCUCGAGUCGUGGUACGACCUCUUUCCCUCCGAGCUGACGGCUCCCUGCCAGCAAGUCACCACUUCAACCAUCAGAGAUGACGAGGCGCUCAUGUGGACCAUCAAAAAGGUGGACCUUGAGGCCGGGUCAGUGCAGGACGGGCUGGACCCCCUGCAGGAGGCGCUCCUUGUGCGUAAUGGAGACUAUGUCAUGCUGACCCAUGCUGAGACUGGCCGCUCCCUGCGCGCCCAUGGCUACCGCGCCCCCAUCACCAAACGACAUUUCCAAGUCUGCGGCUACGGAGAGGAGGGCUCAGGUGGACCGUUCGAGACAUGGGAGCUGAUUGUGCCGGGGGCGGAAGCAGGCGAGCCGCUGCGAGUCGUCGAACACGACUUCCUCCUCAGACACUACAAGAUGAACUGUUUCCUUAAAGCCAACGAGAAAGUUGUCUUGCCCAAGCACUGGGCGUUCAAUGGUGCGAAGGAGGUGACGUGUACCAAGAAUAAGGAGCAACUUGGCACCGAUUGGCAUGUCAACUGGAACAUCAGCCCCAAAUUGAACAAGACGCUGUUGGUACGAGACAAGACGGUGGGUCUGUGGGGCAAGAUUGUUCACCAACACUGGAACAUGUUCAUCAGCAACGGUGUUCUCCUGGGCAGCCAGGAGGAGGCCGAGCGCUCGGCCAGGCCCUGGAUGUGGCCAACACUGUAUCAGGUGCAGCUGAUGGGGUCGUACCCAGUGAACGAGACGUCUCAGGCAGGGAACGAGACGUCUCAGACAGUGAAGGAGACGGAGGAGCAGGGGAUGUUCUCCGUGGGGAUGACCAACCCCUUCCUCACCUACCUGAACCUGGCGUGUCUGGUGGGGGUGGGGGCGCUGAGCCUCGCUCACAGCUACUGCAACUCUCGCUGCCCCCACCACAACCCACACCUCGCAGGCGGGCGGAGGCGGACGCUGGUGGCGUGCUGGUGGCUGAGUGGGUGCUGGGCCGCCCACUACUUUCCCUUCUUCUUCAUGAGUCGUGUCCUCUACUACCACCACUACUGCCCCGCCUACCUCUUCUCCUGCAUGAUCACCGGGGUUCUGCUGUCGUGGGUGUGUGAGGCUGCGUCAGGAGCAGCGAGGGCUGCCUGGCGAAGGACGGUGUUGUGGUCCCUGGUGGUGGUGACCUCCGGCGCCCUCCUCGCCUCCUACGCCUACUUCUGGCCACUCGCCACCCACGUCAGGGGCGAGAUAUUCGAGAGUAACCCCUCUCUCAACCCUGGCCUUGACUACUUCUACCUGGGGCAGCUGUGGCCCGAGUUUGGCUACAGGAAGAGUGAAUACCUCAGCAUCGUCGCUACGCAUGUGGACCGUUGGUACGAUGACUUCCUGGAGAACCCUGACCUCAACGCCACGCUCUUCUACCUGACGAACCUCAACAACACCCCUGGUCUUCCCAGUCUCAUCCAUCCUGUCCAUGCCUCAAACUUUAGUCUGUGGAGGCCCACCACUCUCACCCACCUUCCCUGAGUCCCUGAGAGGGCCCACCACUCUCACCCACCUUCCCUGAGUCCGUGUGGGAGUCCACCACUCUCACCCACCUUCCCUGAGUCCCUGAGGGGG